UAGCUAUUGGAGCCGGUCAUAAGAAACGUAAUAUUGCGGGAAUUUUGAUCAAGGUGAUCAUGUGUCAAUUGAUGUUAUGAACGUAAUUCAAUGUAUUCAAUCAUUUAACUUUAUAUAAAUUAAUGUACUAAUACAUGCUAUGGGCGAUUUAAAUGUGUAUCCUUUUGAUUGUGAUGUGACUAUUCCUUUUCCAACUGCAAGAGAAGCAGAAAUCGCUUUCGAGGCAUUGAAAGUUGAUCCGGAACCUAAACGAAGCGGUGUUACAAAAAAUUUAAGCUUGCACGGCAACCUACUAAAAGUAUCAUUUUCUGGAACAGAGGCACGUAAAGUACGCGUGGGACUAACAGGAUUUUUUGAUAGUUUAAUUCUUGUUACCGAAACAAUGAAUGAAUUUGGUCCACCAGAGCCUGAAUAUACACAUUAUUAAAUCCAUUACUAUAAAACUAUUG